UAUUUUUUUUGUCGUUAGUUCUGAUCGUAUAAAAAUGGUGAAGACGAUCAUGAAUUAUCACAGUAAGUAAAUAAGUAAGAAGUGAUUCAAAUUUUUCAAAAAUGAUGGCAUCUUUACUACAGGCUUGUGCUUUAUUUUUACUAAUAUCCAUAUGUCGAGCGCAAACACCGUCAAUGGAACCGGAAGGUCCUAAGCUCGCAUUAACUGAAGGCGACCGAUUGCUCAUUAAAUGUCACAGUAGUGACAGAAUGAAAUUUCUCACGGAUUUGUUUCAAACGGAAAAAGCUACUGAAAGUAUUGAAGAAGAAACAGCAAUCGCUUAUAAUUUGUAUACACGAAGUUUUGAAAAAAAAUCAGUUGUUCCAGAAGAUAGUGGAUGGUACGGUUGUGCAAUCUAUGGCGUUAUGAUUGAUCCAGAUACAUUCGAUCAACCAGGAGUUAAAUGGAUUUUCGUUUUCAUUAAACCUAUGAAGCCUUCAAUGGAACAAUCAGGACCGAUUCUUAAUUUAGUUGAAGGCGACGAAUUGUUCAUCAAUUGCAGUAGUUAUCAACAAAUGACUUUUUACACUAUCCUAGACAAACCUGACGAAUGGUCUGAUAGUAGUGAAGAAGGUUCUGCAAGCUUGGGGGGUGAAUAUACACUCGCUUUGAAAAAAAAGUCAGUAGUCCAGGGUGACAGUGGAUGGUAUGGUUGCGCAUACAGUGACGUAAAAGUUGAUACAAGUAAUCAUGAUCAGCCGCAAGUCAAUUGGAUUAACGUUAUUGUUAAACCAAAAGCUUGAUCCGAUUUCAUAAAUGUAAUGUAUUAAAUAUUUUACACUACAAAUCACAACAGGACGUUUGAUUUCUAAUUUUACGAUUCAACCCUAUCAAGUUUUUAUGAAUACUGAUUUUAAUUAUCUAUAAUUUUUUGAAGGCUUAGAAAAUUAUUGCCGAGUUCAAUUAUAAAUAUUAAAAAUAAAUUAUUUAAAAUAAAAAAAUCGUAUAUUUGUUGGUUUUAAUACUUUGAUAGUUUUAUCAUAUAGUUACUGACAGUUGAUCUUUGUAUACACAGGUUCUAUGCCUGCGUCAAGGUUCGUAGAGAUUAUACGCUAGUAGACAUUUGACUAUUAUUAUAUAAAGAAUU